AUGACGAAAUUUUUGUUAAUCUUCGUGGUCAGUGUUGUAUACGCUGUGGCUUUGCCGAACCCGGAGAAUGUCGAAUCAAAUAACAUCGAACCUACAAUCGAGUCGUCUGCGCGGGCUAUGGGAAAGGAUUGCCCGAACGGGAUUUUCAGUGCGACGUGUUUGAAAAUCGAAGCCAUAUCAAUGCUCGAGAAGCUCAGUUCGAAGGAAGAACUACGUCUUCUACCAGGAAUAAGUGUUGUGAAAGAAUCGAAAGAAAAUGACAGCAAGGCGGAAGAGUUCGCAGCGGAAUUAGCGAGAGCGAUGCCUUCCAAACCAGAUGAGAGACUGGACAAAUAUCUGCUGUACAGACUUGGGAGUUAUUUGGAUAAUCACUCGGUGAAACUGAGACUCAUGGAUGACGGUGCUUCUGAAGAAGCUAGGGCUCUAAUUGGAGAAGCAAGAGGCAAGGGUGGCGGCUUGGGUGGUGGCAAGAAAGGGGGUAUGGGUGGAUUGAUUGCAGCGGCUCUUAUGAUGAAGGGUACCCUCAUGUCCAUGGGCCUUGGAGCCCUCGCUCUACUAGCAGGCAAGGCUUUGAUGACAGCCCUCAUGUCUCUACUUCUCUCCGCGGUCAUCGGUCUCAAGUCUCUGUCUGGUGGUGGUAAAUCUACCACCUACGAAAUUGUCUCCAAGCCUGUCUACAGCCACUCGCACUCACAUUCCACGGCGCACGAAGACGUCGGAGGUUACGGGCAUUCUGGAUAUGGAAGAAAUCUCAAAAUAAGGAGACGCUGA